UAAUCCGAGGCGGGCGGGGAAACUUCCUGUUGAAUUUGCCGGCUGACAGUCGCCUGCGGACCGUCGGGGGCUGAGCCAUGGGGAAGCUGCUGGCACUCGCUGUCGUCGGGGUCCUGGGCGCCCUGAUCGGGGAAAGGCUGAUGGGAUUUCGACAUAGAUUGUGUGCCUCGCGAGAAUAUAAACCGAAGCGGCUUCCAAACUGCCACCUUAUAAAAGGAAUUGAAACUGGCUCGGAAGAUAUCGACAUACUUCCUAAUGGCCUGGCUUUCAUUAGUUCUGGUUUGAAAUACCCCGGGAUAGUAUCGCUUGCCCCUAAUAAAAGGGGAGAAAUACUUCUUAUGGAUCUAAAAGAAGACAAUCCUCGACCUGUUGAGCUGAGAAUCAGCCGGGGGUUUGAUCUGGCAUCCUUUAACCCUCAUGGGAUCAGCUUAUAUAUCGGUGAUGAUGACACUGUGUACCUCUUUGUCGUAAAUCACCCGCAUCAGAAGUCAACGGUGGAGCUAUUUAAAUUCGUGGAGGACGACAAUUCUCUGGUGCACUUGAAAACGAUCAAACAUGAGCUUCUGCCAAGUGUGAAUGAUAUUGUGGCUCUGGGUCCUGACAGUUUCUAUGCCACCAAUGACCACUAUUUCACAGAGCUCAUCUUGAUCUACUUGGAAACAUUCCUAGGCCUUACCUGGACAAAUGUUGUCUACUACAGUCCGAAAGAAGUUAAAGAAGUGGCGUCAGGAUUUUACUCUGCCAAUGGCAUUAACAUUUCACCUGACGGGAAGUACGUCUAUGUUGCUGACUUGUUUGGUCUAAGCAUUCACAUCUUUGAAAAGCAUGAGAAUUUGAGUUUAACUCCUCUGAAGGUAUUGCCAGUGGAAUCUGUAGUUGACAACAUAUCGGUCGAUCCUUCCACUGGAGACCUUUGGCUGGGAUGCCAUCCCAAUGGCAUGAAACUCAUCUCCUAUGAUCCAGAAAACCUUCCUGGUUCAGAGGUCCUACGUAUCCAGGGCAUCCUUUCUGAGAAGCCUGUAGUCACCCAAGUGUAUGUCGACGACGGGUCAAUAAUCCAGGCGUGCUCAGUUGCAAAUGUAUACGACAAUCAGCUGCUUAUCGGCACCGUGUUUCACAGAGCUCUUCGCUGUGAACUGUAGUUUGCUCAUCCUGGACUUUGUCACAGCGGAAAAGGUCAGCCUUAAUCUGAGCCAAGCUUCCUACCAGAUGCAGUUCUCAAAUGGCUAACUUCAAAACACUUUGCAAUAAAAGUUGACAAGAAUGUUCCUGGCCUUCCUCACCCACCACCCACUUCAAGAAGGAGGUAACACAAGAAAAAAAAUGUUUUUUAAAAGGAAAGCAGCAACAUUGGAAGAUUAUGUUGACUUCUUUUGACAGUGUAAUUUAACAGAGAACCUCAAGUAAUGCCUGCAUCCAUAAAGAAAUGGAUGCUAA